GUCGGGACGAUGGAGGUGCAGCAAGCCUUGGAGGGGCUGCACAUGACCAUCUUCUACCAGAGCGUUUUGCCCUGUGGCAAGUUCUUGGCAGCAGGGAACAACUACGGGCAGAUUGCCAUCUUCAGUUUAUCAGCUGCUUUGAGCUCAGAGGCCAAAGAGGAAACCCACGAUGGCCCUGUGUACGGCUUGGUCUCAACAGACCGGCAUCUGCUCAGUGCAGGGGACGGUGAAGUGAACGCCUGGCUUUGGGGGGAGAUCAUAAAGAAGGGCUGUAAGGAAGUGUGGAGUCGUCAUCCCCCAUACAGGAGCAGCCUGGAAGUUCCUGAAAUCAAUGCUUUGCUGCUUAACCCUAAGGAGAAUUGGCUCUUCUUGGCUGGGGGUGACUGCCAGCUUCAUACUAUGGAUCUGGAGACAGGGACAUUCACACGGGCACUUCGAGGUCACACUGAUUACAUUCAUUGUCCUGAAGUGCUCUCUGGAAGUGAGGAUGGCACUGUUCGUCUUUGGGAUCUUCGUACAGGUGAGGAAGUUCAGAACAUUGAAGUUUACAAACAUGAGGAGUGUGCUCGACCACAGAAUGGGAAGUGGAUUGGAUGUUUAGCAACUGAUUCAGAUUGGAUGGUAUGUGGAGGGGGCCCUGCUCUUACUCUCUGGCACCUUCGAUCUGCCACACCCACAACAGUGUUUCCACUUAGAGCCCCACAGAAACAUGUAACCUUCUAUCAAGACCUGAUCCUCUCAGCAGGGCAAGGCAUAAAAUGA